AUGGACAUCGACGCCGCGGACGAAAACACCAAGAUGCCCGGCCACUCCGCCCACCCUGCCCCGCCGUCCCACUCCGCGCCCGCCGCCGCCGACCCCUACCCCACACUUGUCAUUCGCAACGUCCACUUGCCCUUCGAGUCCGACGACCCCACCCUUGCCGACCCCCUCUACAACGUCUACUGUGUCGCCGGUCGCGUGGACCGUGUUGAGCUCGCUACUUCCAACGGAAGCCGCUCCGUCAGCGGCACCAGCAGCGGCCGCAACUCUCCCGCUCCACCGCCCGAGUAUCAUGUAGGAAGCAGUCCACGCGGCGGUAAAGGGCGCUCUACAGGCACCCACGGGGAGCUGGACGCGCAGGGUCGGGGGAUCUUACUACCAGCCCUUUGCCAUGCCCACAUCCACCUAGACAAAUGCUUUCUGCUCGACCAGUGCGACGAGCUCGUCACUGGCAACUUCGCGGAGGCUUUGCGUGUCACGACAAAGGCUAAGAGCAAGUUCCCCUGCGAUCCCGACGAUCUCUUCGAUCGUGGACGGAAGCUGAUCGCACAGAGCAUCGAGUGUGGCGUCACCCUCAUGCGCGCCCACGUCGAGGUCGACGAGACCGUCCACUUCGUCUGCGUCGACGCCGGCCUCCGCCUCCGCAAGCUUUUCCGGGAUCUCUGUCACGUGCAGAUCGCAGUCUUCGCCCAAGACCCCCUCUUCACGUCCGCAGGCGACGACCGGCCAGGCCUCAACUACGUUCUCCUCCAGUCCGCGCUCCGGCGCACAGGCAUCGAGGCCGUGGGCUCCGCGCCGUACGUCGAGCCGAGCGUCGCGCACGCGAAGCGCAACAUUGAGCUCAUCCUCGACCUCGCCGCCGAGCACGGCGUCCACGCUGACUUCCACCUCGACUACAACCUCGACCCAUCCGCCGAGCCGCUCAUCUGGCACUUGCUCGCGCAGCUCCGACAGCGCAUUCGCGCGGGCCGUUGGCGAGCGGGCGCGCACGUGUGCGUCGGGCAUGCAACGCGCCUCACACUUUUCUCACCGGAGGAAUGGCAUGCGCUUCGAUCCGCGCUGCUCGACGAGCGGUUGCCCGUCACGCUCGUUGGCCUGCCUCCGAGCGACCUGUAUAUGAUGGGCCGGAACAUGGACCACGCGCCUCGGGGGACGCUCAACAUCCCGCGGCUCGCGUCGGAGCACAACAUCCGCGCAGCGAUGGCGGUGAACAACGUCGAGAACGCGUUCACGCCACAGGGUCCCAUUGACCCGCUCGCGCUGUGUCCGAUGGGCGUUGCUAUCUUCCAGGCGGGCACGAAGAUGGACUGCCGCAUGUUGCUGGAAUCCGUGACUCUCAACGCGCGGCUCGCGAUCGGGGGGUAUCACAAAGGUUCGCACCACCCGUCAAUCACGCCCACACCGGGCUCGGUGGCCGACUUCGUGCUCCUGCACGAUAACGAUACACUGCAUUCCGCGGCGCUCAACCCGUCCUUCGCGCGGACGACCAUUCGGCAUGGGGUCAUGGUUGCGCGCCGCAUCCAGCACUCGUGGAUUCUCCCACAAAAGACACCGUCGCCAGAACCCAUGUCGGAGGACUGA